AUGCAUAGUGUCAUACAGCCUUUAGAAUGCGCGGUUAAAAAACUGGACUGCGCCAACAAGGGAAUAAGCAUAGACGGAAAGCAACUCAAAAAUUUCCGGUUCGCUGAUGAUAUUGUCAUAAUCGCUGACGACAUCAACGAAGCAAACGAAAUGCUCACAGAGCUUGCAAAAGCAGCUGAAGAGGUUGGUUUGCAAAUAAACAAAGAUAAAACCAAAAUAAUGACUUGGAAAAUAAAAGAAUUAACUAGAAAACCAGAAUACAAACAAAAUAUAGGAGUUGAUGAAAAGCGAGACAUAGAAAUGGAUACAGAAAACAAAUUGAUGGUAUGGACAAACUAUAUAGAACAGCUGUUUAACGACAACCGAGACACAAUAGAUAACGAAUAUUUCGUUGAAGAGACUGGACCAGAAAUAACAUAA